AUGUCAUUGUUACUAUGGUGCUCUCGUCGCGCCCCCGGCCUGGCCAUGAUCGCCCUGGUUAUGUUGUGCUACUGGGUCAUUUCGAGAGAAUUGGCCGCUUCUCGUUAUAAUUUCGAAUAUAGCCAACAGACCGGUGUCGCUGUGACAGCCAAUGGGUCACCGGAUAAGGGAGCAGGCUUUUUGACGGCCCUUUUCGCCUACUACAGCCUCUUCGUCCAUGCCCUCAUGUGUCUCUUCCCUGCCCGUUCUUGCUGGGCCAUCUUCGACCUCACGCGAACACUCAGGAAGACGGCCCGUAGCAGGAUUUUACGGGACUUCAAGUCGCUCCAUCGUCGCCGCGGUUCCUCUACGUCUCUCUCGAGCGCCGAAACGCUGACCUCCUCUCACGCCUGUUCCGCCUCGAGCAGCGAAGCCGGCGAUAUCGACCUUCAACCCUAUCCCGAAGCCAGCGAGGAGGCCGCCACUGCCGUCAUUCACGCCAUCGUCAUACCCAACUACAAGGAGGAAGUAGACACAUUGCGGGAGACUCUCGACGUUUUGGCCUCGCACCCACAAGCCACGGCUUCAUAUGACGUUUAUCUUGCAAUGGAGUCGCGCGAACCGAAUGUCCAGGUCAAGGCCGGUAAUCUCGUCCAGCUAUACGCGAAGAAAUUCCGCAGUAUCAACUAUACAGUUCACCCUGCGGAUAUCCCAGGGGAAUCUGCGGGCAAGGGAAGCAACAUGGCCUGGGCUGCUCGGAAAGCCAGUGAGAGGUACUCCAUGGAAGUCCGGAAGGACGUCGUCAUCACGGGAAUUGACGCCGACAGCCAUCUGUCUAGCAACUAUACCGCUCUCAUCGCCACGAUGCACUUUGCCUAUCCCGAAACUGCCAUGACCACGAUGUACUCGGCGCCCAUCAUCUUCGACAGAAAUGCCCACGGCGUCCCGGCAAUUGUGCGCGUCGCUGACAUCUUCUGGGGCGCAGCAGGCCUGUCUGGCCUCUACAACGGGUCGACCAUUGCGCCCCCCACCUCGGUCUACUCCGUCCCUCUACAACUGGUUGAUCGCGUGGGAGGCUGGGAUUGCGACGCCGAGGCCAUUGGCGAGGAUCUGCACAUGUUCCUGAAGUGUUUCUUUGCCCUCAAUGGCAAUCUUACUUGCCGUGUCUUGCCCAGUCCCGUCAGCCAAAGCAAUGUAGCUGCCAGUGGAAAGGGGCUUCGAGGUCUCUAUGCUGGCAUGCAAGCUCGGUAUAAGCAGGCUCUCCGCCAUAUGUGGGGAGCUUUGGACACGGGCUAUUCCAUUCGUAAAUUUGUCGAACUCUGGCAGGAGCGGAAGCACACGUCCAGGGCGUUUCGACCUCUGCACACCUCUCUUGGAGACGCGUCAGACGUCUACGUGCCCGAGAGUCAAAUGGACGAACGGAAUCCCGAGCAAGCGCGGGAAAGCGGCAUCUUUUCUGACGUCACUCACGACACUCUGCCGAGCCCUCACUGGGAGCGCAUCUUCUACCUCGGACACCGACUGUAUGAAGCGCAUUUCCUGCCCGUCCAGAUGGCCAUCCUCGUCAUUUCUUCGACUCUCUACGUUUGGGUCGCUGAAGGGAACGGAGAUCCUAACAACAUCGCGUGGGCCUUCACCGCUGCCAACGUUCUCCGCACCGUGAGUUUCAUGGAGGUAGCCUGCAUCCUUUUCCUCUACGAGCGUUACCACGAUGUCGCUGUCAAAAACAGACAUCGUGAGAUGACUGAAGCGGGCCUUGCCGACCGCUUGGAUUUCUCCUACCGCGGCGUCAAGAAGAACUUCAUUGACUACAUCAUGGUCCCUGUGGUGGCGCCCCUUUACGGCUCCAUCCCAUGCGCCCACGCACAACUAAGCCACCUCUGGACGAUUGAUCUGGUGUACACCGUGAGCAUGAAGGCCACCCGGCAAAGAGCGAAGUCGGUGUCGGUUGAAGAAAUGGCAUGA